UUUAUUGCACAGAUCUCAGAGAUUUUAAAGAAGCCUGAAAACUUGAGAACAAAAGCUGAUAAAGCUUUUGUUAGUAAGAAUCCUGAUAUCGUCAAAACUUCAGAAACAAAUGCAAGGAGGCUUAAAGCUAAUAAAGAAAGAGUUCUUGAGGUAUGUUCAAAAACAAUUUAAACAUUUUGUUUAAUCCUUUGAAAAUUCAUUAAAAUUAUUGAGUAACUAGAAUGUUAGCACAUAUCUUGUACUUGUAACAAACAUUUUAAAAACAUUGAAAUCUUAGGAUUUUGUAAACUUUUAGUUAUUUUUUAAUAAUGAAGUGAUUAUAUUUUUAGAUCAAAGUACAAUAUAAAACAAACAUUUAAAAUAAUUAAAAGAGAAAAUAAAUUUAUAAGUUGAUGAUUGUUUUGAAAAAAAAUUCUUAACAGAUUGAAGAUGAAUCAGCUCUGCUUGAUACUAAAUGCUUGCAGUUAGCUGAACUUAUCAAGUCAUCAAAACAUGUUGUAGUUUAUACAGGUGCCGGAAUUAGCACAGUAAGAACUAGGGCAUAAUUAGAUAAUGACAUUGCAAUAUGAAUUCUUGUGUAAGAGCAACCACUUUUGUAUUUUUGUGUGUAGAAAAUAUUAUUCACAUAUUUAAGUUGUACAUUCUUAAAAAUUCUAGGGCAUGUGAUGUAGCCCUAAAAAUGCUCUUUAUUCUAAAAAAAAUUUGUUUUAGGUUGUUAAGUUUACUUUCUACCAUUUCCAGGCGGCUUCAAUCCCUGACUACAGAGGACCAAAUGGUGUAUGGACAAUGUUGAGAAAAGGACAGGAACUCAGGUUUUUGUUCAAUCUAUUUUUGUUUUAACCCUGAUAUUUUUCUCUUAAUUGUGAGUAGUGUGCAUUUGAAUAUGAAUGAGUUAACAAAGGAAGACAAGAGCUUUUUUAAAAUCUCAGAAUUACUCAUACUAAAGCUUCACCUUAGAGUUAGUAUAUUCUAAUGCCCUCUCAUUACAUUUGUUUAGUCCUCAAGACCUUAGUGAUGCUGAACCUACAUUAACCCACAUGUCUCUAACUACAUUGUACAGAGUGGGAAAGGUAAGAACAUAGGAUUUUUUUUUAUUUUUUGCUUUUUCAUUUUAAAAUUGGUCUUAUGUCACCUACAUCCCUAUUUGAAGAUACUUAAAAAUAUGGUAAGACUCCAGUGGUGGCUGAAAUUUUUUGCUUUGUUUUUAAAAUCUGUAUAAUGUUUAAGAAACUCCUUAAAUUUUUUUUCUUUUAUUGAAAAUUCUAAAUUUUUAAUUUUCUCCAUUAGGUAAUUUUUGUAUACGUUUUAGCAGAAGUUUACAAAAUCAGGAUAUUAACCAAUACAUAAAUUGAUCUCAAUCCUUAGGUAAAGCAUAUUGUCUCUCAAAAUGUUGAUGGUCUUCAUAUACGAAGUGGAUUUCCCAGACAUGCACUUUCUGAACUACAUGGAAAUAUGUACAUUGAGGUAAAAAAAAUGUAUUUGAAUGAUAUGCCACAUCAAUGAACAUGAAGACAGCCAGCCUCAGCAAACUUUACUCUAAUCAUGCUAAACAAACUCCUGGAUUACUUAAAAUAUUUUGUGAACAGUUUUCAAUUGUUUUCUAGGAAAGUUGGAAAGGCCUGAUCUAGACAUUGAUUAAUUUAAGUAACCACAUAAAGCAAGGUUUGGCAACCUUUAGCAUGCAUGCCAGAUAAGGCACACAGCGAAAUUUUAAAUGGUAUGCAGAAGAUAAAAUAUGAUAAAAAAAAUGUGUCAGAUAAGGUAGUCUUAAGGUUUUUGGCAUGCUGAAUGAAGUAGACAUUCUACUUUGGCACAGUAAUACCAAAAGGUUGCAGACCUCUGACAUAAAGUAUAGGAAAUGACUUUCAUUCAUCAAAAAGAAAUCCAUAUAUACAAAAGUUCUUUAGAAAUUAGAAGGCUAUAAUUCUUUCAGUAAAUAAUUCAAUCUGAACUUAAAAGUAACAUUAAGUUUAAAAUUUUUAUUUAUUUCCUUUAACAAUUUUUAAAGACUUUCUCUCUACAAUCAUUUCCAUCUUUUGUGUGGGUAGAUCGUUAUUUUUUUUGUUUACCCACGUGACAUUUUAAGAUAGCUUAUGCAGUGUUCACCUGGUGAACCACUGGAGGCAGGUUGACACUGUCGCUAAAAUUAUUCUGGUAGACCGGCCCUGAUUCAUUGAGUAAACAGGUGGGUGGGUGAGCUCAGAUCUACAUUUUUAGUUUUAUGUCUUGGUAAAGAGUUAAUUCAUUUUAAUCAAGAUUUAAUAACAGACCUGUUUACUCUUACGAUUUUGGCGUAAAAUGCACGAUUUAGAGGUGUAUAAUUAUAGAUACUGUAUGUUUAUUUUUUUACUAUUAAGAUAAUGUAUUGAACGAUUUUGUGAUGAUAUUGUACGAUUUAAGAGUUUGAGGGUAAACAGCUCUGUAAUAAGCAUUCGAUACUUAAAAAAGUAAAUAAUUCUACUUUUUUUCGAUAAUUUAAAGAUAACAAUUUUAAUACUAAAAAGAAGAAAAUUUGUAAAAAAAACUUUUAAAAAAAAAAGGCUUUGCAAAGAAAAUCUGUGCAGUAAAUAAACAUUUUUAAAAAUAUAAAAUAUUUUAGUUUUAUCUAAAUUCAAUUUGAAAUCUCUUUGACAAUUUAAGAAAUUUUAAUGCAUUUUAACUCAUCUUUGAUAAAGUCCUUUUUGUAAAAAAAAGUUUUUUGUAUAGUUGUUUAUUAAUACUUUAUUUCUAUUUCUUUUUUUUCAUCUUAUCAUUUAAACAGUGUUGUUAUUCCUGUGCUCCACACAAAGAAUUUAUACGACUUUUUGAUGUUACUGAACGAACUGGUGUUCAUCGUCAUACCACUCAGAGACAUUGUCGCGCUUGCUCUGGAAAUUUAACCGACACGAUUGUCCAUUUUGGGGAGAAAGGAAAGCUUAAGUCACCUUACAGAUGGAAAGAAGCUGUUAGAGCAGCCAAAAAGACAGAUCUAAUCUUAUGUUUGGGCUCAAGCCUGAAGGUAAAUAACAGAUUUGACAUUGAUCAUUGUUCAUGAACACAGGAAUCAAUUUAGCCGUCUCAUUGACUUGCCAUACAAUUUUGAAAAUAAUAACACUCAAUCUUGCCCAAAUCUGUGGACCAAAAAAAAACCUAGUGUGCUAUUAUAAUUUUAAAUGCCUGGGAUUAACAUACAUUUUUACCAAAAAUGUUGAUGUUUUCGGAUAAGUAUUAUUUAUUUUAAAAAAUAUUAAAAAACGCAAUAAAAUUAAAAUACUUAUUUGAGGGCAUUUCCCUUGAACUCAAUAAAUAAUCACAGUAAUAUUUGGAGUUUGAAUCAUCCCAAGCUAAUAUCAAUACCAUAGUUAACUGUAGUGAUAAAAUGAUAUGUAUGAAGAACUUCCGUGAACAAACAGUUGCUCUCAAGCCAUGGCAUACCUUAAAUGCAGAAAAACUGAAAAUGUGAAUUUUUAUACUUUUGACAUACAUGCAAUUAACAUAACUGAUGUUGGCAUUCAGUUAAUUUGUGGCUAUAAUGAUACGGUUUGGUUGUUCGCCCUUUGCAUGUAAAGAUGGCCACAGCUAUAUUUGACGGUGAAUACGCAGAUGGCUCGACAGACCUAUUAGUGCCUGGAAAGCUUGCCUGCAUGUAGGACACAUGUGACCUGGGUCCACAGAAGUAUUGGAAGCAGUUCUACUUUUCCUUGCUAUUCGCGUUCUUGGGGCAUAAGUGGUGCGCUAGCUCUCUGAAGAUUGUGCUCCAUCAGUUAGUCUAGCUUGUGCGAUCCAUACCAAGUAUUUCCAAUGAGAUCAGGCUGACAUAUUGUUAAUAAAAUGCUGUUCAUCAUCAGGUUCUAAAGAAAUAUGCAUGUCUUUGGUGUAUGGACAAGAAGCCCCAGUUGAGACCUAAGCUUGUCAUUGUCAAUUUACAGUGGACCCCCAAAGAUGAUUUGGCCACUAUUAAAAUAAAUGGUAUUUACUCUUCAUUUCAUUUUGGUUCCUUUCUAGCAUAUAAAAAUAAUGGUUAUCAUGAUUACAAAUUUUAAUAAAUCUUAUGAUCUUAUUGGAUGUUUUAGUUUCAUUAUUACAUUUUUAUUGCCACUUAAAACAAAUUAUAAAGUCAUUAUCUCAAAAUACUUCAAUAGAAAAUAGUUUUUACUGUUGUUUGAUGGCUGAAGAAGGCUUUUGCUGACACAUUUAAUGCAUUCUUUUUUAUCAUGAUUUCCCAUACUUUGUUUCACUCAUUUACACUUUAAACAAAUCCUUAUUUAGCAUCAUUUUCUAUUUGGAUAUAUUAUAAUUUUGAUUCUAUUUUGUGACUUAAGUAUCUGAAUCAUAAAGUGUUAAAUUUACUUUAGAAAAGAAUGAUCUAGUUCAUUAGGUGCCAUAUUUUUAUGGGCCUAAGAAUUUUUUUUUAGAUCAUACAUGAUUUUCAACAUUUAUUUUUAAAUUGUGUUUAUUGUAGUAUAUUUGGUGUAGUCAAUUUUCCAUUUCAAAAUUUCAGGAAAAUGUGACUAUGUGAUUUCUAAGGUUAUGGAUCUUCUUCAUUAUGAUAUACCAAUGUAUAAACGGUAGGAACAUUGCUUUUUUUUUCAUAGAGACUGAAAAGUAUUUCAGUAUAGCUUUCUGCCCUAGUUUACAAUCCUAGUUUCCAUUGUUGCUCAUAAACCUUUAGGGUAAUAUAAAUGUGUAUAUUUUUACAGUAAUUGUGGCAUUGUAUCACCAUUAGUCCCUAAUUAAUAGAAGAGUUUUUGGUCCAGAUUUAUAUGAGGAUGAAGAUAUGAUGCACUAUAAUCAACAUAUUGUUUUAUUGUCACAGAGAAGCAGAUCCCAUUUUUACUCUCUACACACCACUUAGAGCUUAUGAGCUUAAAACAAUGAGUAAAAAAGUUCUG